CAAGGAAAGUCUGGCUCAGGAAGGCCAGAGUCAUCUCUACCCAAGAUUUACAAAUGGCAGUGUUAUCCAGCUGACAUGGCAGGCUGAGCUUGUAAGAACCAUGUCGCUCCAAGCUCCUCGCAUGUCAGUGUUCACGUUUCAGUCUGCAGUGCACAGCACCCAUGUUCUGCAGUGUCUGAAUGACCAAAGGCAGCAGGAUGUCCUGUGUGAUGUGACAGUGGUGGUGGAGAACAGGAGUUUUCGGGCCCACUGCUCUGUCUUGGCUUCCUGCAGUGAAUACUUUCACAGCAGGGUUACCAGUGUCACCAGACAGAAUCCCAUCAUCACCUUGCCUGACGAGGUGACUGUGGAGGGGUUUGAACCUUUGCUUCAAUUUGCCUACACCUCAAAGCUGCUCUUCACCAAAGAAAACAUUCAUGCCAUUCACAACAGUGCUGAGUUUUUAGGAUUUCAAGACCUGGAGUCAGCAUGCUUUGAUUUCCUCAUCCCAAAGUUUUCUGAAGGCAAAAGACCCUCACAGGAGGUCAGACGUAGAACCUGUUGUCAGAGCCGGGAUCCCAGUACCAAUUUUGGCUCCAGUGUAGAGAGCAGCCAACCAAAAUCAUUUGAGUCUCACAGCUCAGUGCCUUCAGUAGGUGAUGAACAAACAGACUUCCCAUCACAGUCUCCUCAGAGUGCCCAGGGUCAGACGAACAGCGGGGAAGAACACUUCUGUUUGGAUAACUGCGGGCCACAAAUGGCCCCCUUAUCUUUGGAGUUAACAGCAAAUGGUGUGUGCCCCAUGUUGUCUUUGCCAUGCCCAGACUCUGACAAAACAGAUCAUCCGUCUCAGUUUUGUGAAAGAGACAUUUUAGAGAUAGGAGAUGUGUGUAAUCAAAGUGAGCUGAGUUUGGCCGACUGUGGCUUACCCUGUGAGCUGUCAACCGCAGGGGAUGUGAAUCUGCCAGAACUCAUUGAGCCAGCAGGCAGAGAUGUUAAACAGACUGUUGAGACGGUUGGUGCUGAAACUAACUGUAACCCCAGUUCAUGUCCACUCAACACAUCAGGGGCAGAAAAUUGCAGCGAGUUAUUAGAGCAGAGUGAGGCCGGCCUUGAACAGAGAAUGACAGGUGAUCUCUCAGAUCCUACACUAACUGCUCUAAGCCAUGAAGAGGGAUUUGGAGAGAGGAGCAGUGUGGAGAGGGAAGUGGCUGAACAUCUGGCAAAGGGAUUUUGGUCUGACCUAUGCCCAUCUCAGGCUCAACCACUCCCUCUGGAUCCCAUGGACCAAAACAGUUUGGCAAAAGCAUCAGACUUUCAUUGGCUUAAGCAGCUGGACUUGAGCUCCAGUGCAGGAGACUGUCCUUUCCUCAGGGACCUCGGGACAGGCGAUGACCAGGCUCCACGCACUGACAGUCUGUCCCAGUCAGAGAAGAGUCCUUACAUGUCCUCCUCACUCAACUCUGGGGAUGACUCAGACCUGGACACAGAUGGAGAUACUGAGGCCAACAACAAAAGAGCAGCAGAGAUUCAGCUACCGUUCCCGGUGGAGCAGAUCUCAGCGCUGAGCCGAAGUGCCUUCCAGCAGCUUCUGAGACAUCAUCAUCUGACUCAAGAUCAGCUGGAGUUCGUCCAUGACGUCCGCCGACGAAGCAAAAACCGUGUGGCCGCACAGCGCUGCCGAAAGAGGAAACUAGACAGCAUACACCUGCUAGAAUGUGAAAUCAAAAGAUUAAAAAGUGAGAAAGAGCGGCUGCUGCAGGAGCGAACUGAGCUGGAGCAAAACCUGGAGGAGACACGACAGAGUCUCUGCGGGUUAUGUAAGAGUGUCAGCAUCGAGUCUGGUUCUGAGCAGGACCACUUGCAGCUUCUUGCCAAACUUUCCUCAUCCGACUUCCCCAUGUCCUCCCCUAGCCUCGCGGGGAAAGAUGAGGAGUCCGAGAUCACUAUCGAAAUGGUAAGUUGUUCUUCAGAGUGUGACCCAAGCGGGAUGCCUGCAGAGUCAGUUAAGACUGUUGCACCAGAGGCUGGCACACAGACAGAUGGAGCAGAUUCUCCACAAAGCUGCUCUUUCCCUGCAUCUCUGCUCAACGCUUGUCUGGACAUGAACAACAGCUUAUAAUUGGACUCAAAUUCCAUUGUCAUUUCUAAUCAUGCAGGACCACGGGCAGGGGGUGCACUUUGAGUUUAUACUGUAAUCCCCUUUCCGGGAUGGACAUGCUUUCCUGUGUGUGUCACUGAAUAAUUUUCCGCCUGAUAGAGGUAUCUUAAAUUGACGUGGAAAAAUGUCAAAUUUCCUUCGCUGUAUUUUAGACUAUGCAUUUCACUGUAGUAAACACAAAAUCCAGUAAUUAUCUUUUUGAAGGUGCCAACAAUUUUCAGGUAAUUUCCAAAUGUUUCCAUUUGUAAAUUAGCAGGAUGAUUCUUAGAAUUAGGUUUGAUUUUCUCAGGGACACUCACAACCUGACUGUGUUUUGAUGGCUAAAAUGAUUCUCUUUGCACACCCACCCCCCUCCGUACACCCACACAGACUCACAGUUUUGAUGAUAAGAUGUUUCUUUCAUUCUAGGUUAAUUAGUCUGUCGUUAUAAUCUUGACACAUACUGUUUUAUUCCACCUGUAUGCUUUCAUAAAAUAUGCACAGCACUAACAGAACUUUUUUUUUUUACCAUAGUUUUCAAGGAAUUGUUACAGCUAACACAACAUGUAUAGUUUGAAUGAAUAACUGUCAGCUUCCCCCAAUAUUUGAGGAAUGGUUGCAGUGUGUCUGAAGAUGUUACAGGGGAACAUAAGAAAUUAUGUUAUUUGAUGCAAUCCGUGCCUUAUGCAGUAGUAUAGUAUUAAUAGAGAAAGUUAAAGGCAAUCUUUGUAUAUUCUUGUCUCAAGCACUGUCGCACAUUAAACAAGAGCCCAUAUUGAUGGCAUUCUCUUACUUUUAGGUCUGUCUGCAUGUUAAGUAUUUUUUUUAUUAAAUGCUUUCAUGGAUUACAGAUUUAAAUAAAAUGCAUUUUGUUACCAUUCA